AACUUGUACGUAAAUGCAUGGGCAUCAUCAAAACCAAAAUCAAACAAAUUCCUACGACAACCUUGCGACCUUCGUUCCUUGAGUUUGUUGAUAUACUUCAAUACCAAGCGGAGUAGGCCAUUUGUAAUUCUUCUUAACCAUUCACUCCUUCCUUAUUUUUUUCUUUUUCUUCCAGGUCGAUCUUGUACAAUUGAAAUUACUGUUUGGCGGUCUGUUUACAUUGCCUUCAGCUGGACAAUAGUACAUUAUAAAGAGUACAGACGCCGUUGCGAUGGCGUCAGACGCGUCUUCAAUCUCUGUUACUGGUAUGAUGUUCUGGGUAUCGCUUUGAGGCUUAUCUCUUAACAUUUGAUAGUCCGUGUUCGACCUUUCACUAUUCAAGAAGCCGCGCAAAUGUAUGUCCCUACCACUCAACCUCCAUAUGCCCAUGGCAUUGAAUUCGAACGGCCGCUGACGCUUUAUAGUACAAAAACCGAUGAUGGCAUAUCAUUUUUGGGUGAGGGUUCAUUGGCAGGAGCCCCGACUCCAAAGCUUGGUGGAAGAGGGAUUCAUCCUGUCAUAAAAGUGAUUGAUGAUAGAUGCCUGUAAGCACUACAGAACAUUGACACUCCCAAAUCUAACAAUAGCAGUGUGUUCGACCCUCCACAAGACAGUCCUAUGUCUCGAUUCCAAUCAAAAGUAGUAUCAAAUAUGGGCAAAAGAGUUAAAGAUCAAACAUUCGCAUUCGACCGUGUCUUUGAUGAUAAUACGACACAAGGAGAUGUUUACGAAUCAACAACUAGAGGACUUCUCGACAAUGUGCUUGAUGGUUAUAAUGCUACAGUUUUCGCAUACGGUGCCACUGGUUGUGGUAAAACUCAUACAAUUACAGGAACUGCUCAACAACCCGGAAUUAUCUUCUUAACUAUGCAGGAACUCUUUGAAAAAAUUCACGAAAGAUCAGAAGAAAAGCAAACGGAAAUCACAUUAUCUUACCUGGAAAUUUAUAACGAGACAAUUAGAGAUCUUUUGGUACCAGGGGGCAGUAAAGCAGGAUUGAUGUUAAGAGAGGAUGCCAACCAAGCGGUAUCAGUUGCAGGAUUAUCGAGUCACAAACCACAGGAUGUUCAGGAAGUUAUGGAUAUGAUUGUAAAAGGAAACGAAUACCGAACUAUUUCACCAACGGCCGCUAAUGCGACAUCGUCUCGAUCUCAUGCUGUUCUCCAAAUCAAUGUUGCACAAAAGGACCGAAACGCAUCAGUUAACGAACCACAUACUAUGGCGACUUUGAGUAUCAUCGAUUUGGCAGGUAGCGAACGUGCCAGCGCAACAAAGAAUCGAGGUGAAAGAUUAAUUGAAGGUGCAAACAUCAACAAGUCACUUCUUGCUCUUGGUAGCUGUAUCAAUGCACUUUGCGAUCCUCGAAAGAAGAAUCACGUCCCAUAUCGAAAUUCAAAAUUGACGAGGUUAUUAAAGUUUUCUCUGGGUGGCAAUUGCAAGACUGUCAUGAUUGUAUGUGUCAGUCCUUCCAGUGCUCAUUUUGAUGAAACCCAAAACACCUUGCGAUAUGCAAACCGAGCGAAGAACAUUCAAACCAAGGUUACCAGGAACGUCUUUAAUGUCAAUCGUCACGUUAAGGAUUUCUUGGUCAAGAUUGAUGAACAAAUGGCUAUGAUCAAUGAACUUAAGGCUCAGCAGAAAGAUGCCGAGAAUAUUGCAUUUGUAAAGUUCAGAAAGCAAUCAGAAAAGAGAGAUGCUAUUGCGCGCGAGGGAAUGGCACGUAUUCGGGCGGCAUUCGAGAACUCAGUGACUGAGCGUCAGGAGAAGGUCAGCCAAAUGAAGAAACUUCGACAAAUUGAGCGCCGCAUUAGUAUUCUAUCCUCCUGGAUUGCAGCCUUUGAUAACGUUUGCGAUUCUCGAGAUGAUGCAGAAAUGUUACCAAAUUUGGCUGCCAUGCGCAAGACUGCUCAAGGUAUUCUUCUUGAACUAGAAAAUAGUCGUCAACAUUACCAUCAACGGUUGCAUAAGAUGAAUUGGGAGCGCGCGAUCGAUUCUGCAUUGCAAAAUAGUGUUCGUCAACUUGUUGAGAUUGAUGGACGUGAGGAUGGCAGCGAUAUUGCUUGCUUGACUCGCGAGACGGAACUUUUGAAAGUCAAGGCUGCACGAGACUCAUUCCAACAUGUCUUAGACCAAGAAAAAGGUGUCGAUGCGGGUGUUAUGCAAGUGCUGCUCUCUGCCCAAUUCGAGAUCAUGUCUUCGCUUAAUGACAUUAUUGGUAUGACGGAAGAUGAUGCAGUACAACACGGAAAGAAAACCAUUUCAAAACUUUUGGAGACAUGUUCAACAGCCGCUGCUUCAAUAGUGAAACCAGAUGGUUCCAUGAAGAACACGGAGAAAUUCGCCCCUAGCAAACGAGGUACGCCCAAACGUAAAAAGCAAAUCAAUCUUUCUUUUGAAGAAUCACAAUCACCAAUUAAAAUGCCUUCCCUCACGGUGGCACCACAAAUUCCAUCUCCGAUGAAAGCCUCACCGAGGCGUCGUAAGAUUGUAGUAGGUAAGAAAGGACUUUCUUUCACACCGAAGAAGACCUCCAAGCGAAGUGUCAGAUGGCGAGACGAUGACGAUGCUGGUGCCUUGGCCGAAUUCGAGAAAACUCCCCAGAAGUUUGAGUCCACUCCGGAUAUAUCCUUGGUUGAAGACACUGUUACCCUACCACCUUUACCAUCAUACCUAGGCGAGGUUUCCACGGACCCCCUUGGCUCAUCACCUAUUCCUACGGCUCCACUGACAUCCAUUGAUAUUAAGCCCAAGAACAAUCGAUUCCAAGCAGGAUUCCUGUCCAAAAAGCCCCCCUCGGGAUCACCUCCGCCACCAACAAUUACAAAUCUCUCCCCAACGUCUUCGGAUACCGAACAUUCUCCAUUGAGAAUCCUCAAGAACGGUAGUUCCCCAAAUAGGUCACCAUUACGCGAUUUAGAUGAAAUUGUCGAAUCGAAUGCAAAUAAUUCCGGGUCCGAAGCAGAGAAUUGGAAAGUAGGGAAAUCAGAUGGUGUUAAGAUUGGUCAAGCCCUAAAAAGAAAUGGUAGUCUUUCGAGAACAGGCCAUCCGCAUACGACAUCUGAUGGUAGUCAAAGAAUACGAAGGGCGAGAAGUCCAACUGCGGCUCAAUUGGCCACAAGUCCAAGUAGUGAAAAUCAAAUGUUUACGGCAAGUCAUGCGAGGAGAAUGAUUAAGAGUGAUAAAGAGUCUACUUUAAGCAAUGUACUUAGUCCUCGUACAGCACCAGUGGUGAAGCAUGGACAUAGUAGACGUACGACAGUUGAUUCCGGUAGAUCAGUUAGUGGAGGUCAUGGUCAUGGUCAUGGUGCUCAUGGUGGUAGUGGAAGUCUUAGAGUAACGGCAAUUAAUGGAAAUGGAAAUGGUGGUAGUAUGGGUAGGGAGCCGAAAACUAGGGAAAGUGUUAUGAACGUUGUUGGAAAGGGAGGUUGGAGAUAAGUGGUAUGAUGUGGUGACGAGAGUUGGAUGAUUCAUGUUCAUGUCGUUUUUCUUUCCUUUUGAUUGGGCAUUGGGAUUGCGGAUAAUGAACGGCGUCGGUUUAUCUGUUUUAUUUUUCAGAUAGAGGUCUGGUGUAGUAGACUUCCUUUCCUACCUUGUUUCAUAAUCGCAAAGUCAUAAAGAUAUGCGCGCUUAAAUGCUUGCGUAUAUUGAUGGCGUCUGGUGUUGAGAUUUGGGGAGCGGAGCAUGGCAUGAAUAAUUGGUGUUUUCUUGCUUUAAUUGUGGAAUACGAAUUUUAUACCAAGAGUUUGGUUGUUGGUUUUGUUCUGUUUGGAUUGAGAUGAGGUGGGAUAGGAUGAGUUGAGUUGAUGGUGUAGACCUGAAGAGAAUUUGGGCUUUGUACGUAUUCAUGCAUGAUUGGCGAGGAUGGACUGCCUGGAUGAUUGCUGUGGCGGUAGAAGUGAGAACAGAAGUAGAGAUUUUAGAGUUUGUUGAUUGAACUUUGAUUAUGAAAAUUCAUUAUUUGAUGUUGUUUUAGUUUGUGAUAUUGUGAUGUAAUAUAGUGGUGUUGUGUGGUAUGUAUG